AGCCCUCCGGUUCGGUUCGACAGCAAUGAUUUGGCUUUUAUGGACUACUGUGGCCAUAAGCGUACUCUUGCACUGGCUCUAUAAGGUAAACAAAGAAUACUAUGUUCUGGCCUUCUUCGCCAGAAGAGUUCGUGCCAAGGAUGGAAGACCUGUGGAGAGCAUAGUUCCCAUACCGAAGGGUGCUACUUUGUUUGCCAACUGCUUUGACUUAUUUGGAAAAGACCCAGUUGAAAUUUUCAGCCACAUGCGGCAGUUAUCAAAGAGGUUCCAGAAUAGUUAUGUGGAAUAUAGCUUUGGGUUGCCCAAUUUCCAUAUUACCGAUGCACAUAAUGCGGGGCAUAUACUAAGCGAUCCUAAACUGAUUACCAAGAGCAUGAUAUAUGGUUUUCUGCAACCAUUCUUGAGGACUGGAGUUCUUACAGCUUCCGAACAGAAAUGGCACACUCGGCGAAAUAUGCUCGCUAGAUCUUUUCAUUUUGAUAUAUUAACGCAGUUUCAACUGAUCUUCAUAGCGGAGAGCUUAAAGUUCGUUCGACAGUUCGAAGACCAAAAUGAGUGCAUUGUGUCUCUGCCAGAACUUAUAGCCAGAUUCACCUUGAACAGCAUAUGCGAAACUGCGAUGGGCGUUAAACUAGAUGAAAUGUCGGAGAAAGGCGAUUCCUAUCGAAAAAGUUUCCAACGAGUGAACGAAGAUUUUAUGAGGCGCCUAAUUAAUCCACUCUUUUGGGACGAUUGCAUAUACAACUUGUUUUUUGGUCAGGCUUGUUGCUCGGUCCUAAAAGUGGUUCAUGAGUUUUCCAGCGAAAUAAUAGCCAAACGAAGAAUUCUUCUGGAGGAAGAGCUGGAAAAUAGACGUGCCACCCAAACGGCCGACGAUGAUUUAUGCGUAGCUAGAAAUAAACCCUUUGCCAUGCUGGACACUUUGAUUUGCGCUGAGAAAGAUGGCCUGAUUGACAAUAUUGGCAUUUGUGAGGAGACGGACACGCUUAUAGCUGAAGGUUAUCAUACAACCUAUAUUGGUCUAGUCUUUGGUCUAUUGACCAUGUCCUUUCAUGCUGAAGAGCAGGAACUAUGUUACCAGGAGAUCGAGGCACAUAUUGAGGACGACUUUAGCAACCUUAACAUUUGUCAAUUAAAUAAACUUAGACACCUCCACUAUUUCUUAAUGGAGACCAUGCGACUUUAUCCCUCUAUUCCUACGAUUGGUAGACAGACAUUGCAGGAAACGGAGCUAGAUAAUGGUUUAAUUCUGCCCAAGGGUUGUCAGAUUAACAUACACGUUAUUGACAUUCAUCGCAAUCCCAAGUACUGGGAUUCCCCUGAAGAAUUCCGCCCGGAUAGGUUUCUGCCCGAGAAUUGCCAGUUACGGCACCCCUACGCCUACAUUCCAUUUAGUGCUGGACAAAGAAACUGCAUCGGCCAGAAGUAUGCCAUGCAGGAGAUGAAAACCCUUAUGGUGGUCAUUCUCAAGCAGUUCAAGAUCCUGCCAGUUAUCGAUCAAAAGUCCAUUGUCUUCGCAGCGGCAGCAACCUUGAGCUUCAAAAACCAAAUAAAAGUCAAGCUUGUGAGGCGGAAAUCGGAUUCUCGAGUGGAACGAGUAUUGAGAACCCUAAGUCGAAACAGUACUGAGAGUGAGGCCCACCGAUCCAGUUCGAUAGCGAUGAUUUGGCUUCUGUGGCUCUGCGUCGCCUUAAGUGUGCUCGUCCACUGGCUCUAUAAGGUAAACAAAGACUACUGCAUCCGUGCCUUUUUUGCCAGGAGAGUUAAUACGAAAAGUGGGGAACCCCUUGAUACCGUAGUUCCCAUGCCCAAGGGGCAAACUUUCUUUGCCAACUGCUUUGAUCUUUUUGGAAAAGACGCCGCUGGGGUUUUUAGUCACUUGCGUCAGUUGGCGAGGAGAGCCGGGGAUAGUUAUCUCUUAUACAGCUUUGGAUUUCCCAACUAUAACAUUAUAGAUGCCCAUAAUGCGGCUAAUAUACUGAACCAUCCGAAUUUAAUAACAAAGAGUGUGCUAUAUAAUUUUCUACAUCCAUUUCUGAGAACUGGCGUCUUGACAGCGACAGAAAAGAAAUGGCAUACGCGACGGAACAUGCUUGCUAGGACCUUUCACUUGGAUAUAUUGAACCAGUUCCAAGAGAUCUUUAUAGCGGAGAGCUUAAAGUUUGUUCACCAGUUCGAAGGUCAAGAUGAGUGUGAGGUCUCACUGAGAGACCAUAUAGCCAGGUUCACUCUGAACAGCAUUUGCGAAACUGCCAUGGGAAUUAAGCUGGAUGAAAUGGCCGAAAAGGGCGAUCGCUACAGAGAGAACUUCCACCGAAUCGACGAAGGUUUUACGAGGCGAAUAAGUAAUCCUCUCUAUUGGGACGAUUGCAUUUACAAACUGUUUGCAACCAGAGAUUAUGCCUCGGCUUUGAAAGUGGUCCAUGAAUUUUCCAGCGAAAUUAUUGCCAAGCGCAGAGUUCUUCUCGAAGAGGAGCUUGAGUACAGACGAUCUACCCAAACGGCUGAUGAUGAUAUAUCCGUCGCUAGAAAGAAAAGAUUCGCUAUGCUGGACACCUUGAUUUGCGCUGAGAAAGAUGGCCUGAUUGACAAAAUUGGCAUUUGCGAGGAGGUCGACACUCUGAUGGCUGAAGGUUACGAUACCACAUCUAUUGGUCUAGUCUUUGCAAUAUUGAAUAUGUCCCUUUAUGCUGAACACCAGGAACUGUGCUUCCAAGAAAUCCAGGAGCACAUUGAGGAUGACCUAAGCAACCUGAAUUAUGGCCAACUGAAUAAACUAAGCCACCUGAACAACUUCCUAAAGGAAACCUUACGUCUUUAUCCCUCUAUUCCCAUCAUGGGUCGUCAGACGAUACAGGAAACGGAGCUAGACAGUGGUUUACUCCUUCCGAAAGGUUGUCAGAUAAAUAUACAUGUCUUUGACAUCCAUCGCAAUUCCAAGUACUGGGAUUCCCCUGAAGAAUUUCGCCCCGAGAGAUUCCUGCCCGAAAAUUGUCAGAAAAGGCAUCCCUAUGCCUACAUUCCAUUCAGUGGUGGACAAAGAAACUGCAUAGGUCAAAAGUAUGCCAUGCAGGAGAUGAAAACCCUGUUGGUAGUCGUUCUCAAGCAGUUCAAGAUUCUGCCCGUUAUCGAUCCCAAGAGCAUUGUCUUCCAAACGGGCUUAACCCUGCGCUUCAAAAACAAAAUAAAAGUCAAGCUUGUGAGGCGGAAUCGCGUCUAGUGUUUAUCGAUUUAAGGAUAUUCCUCAUAUAUGUAUUCUCACUAAGUGCCAUUCGAUUUAAGCACUUUUCUAGUACUAAACGUCCAAGUAACCCUGUGUUUCCAUUGUUAAUCGUUAGAAUCGUGGUUAAGCAAUAAAAGUUAAAGACUAAACAUUGAUUUGAAA